CUGCACUCUCUCAUUUUCGCGUGCUCUCUUCUCACGCGCGUAAUUUGAAAUUUUUAUUUUCCAUUUUUUUCGGCGGUUCUCGCCAUUUCUAGUUUUCUCCCAGCUCUCAAGUGUUCGGUAAGUGUGCUCUCCAAAAAGAAACUCUGGAACACCAUAUUUUAUUUGUGUGUGCUCUUUGCAUGAUUUCGCUCUCAAUCUAUUGUGAUUUUUCAUAUUAGAACCAAUUUGUCUCCAAAUUUAGAACCGAACUCACUUAAAAGCACAAUUAAUAACAAAGAGAGCAGCAGCAAUGUCAAAACACGCUUUACAAAUAUUUGCGCUCUCGCGCGCGCGAGAAAUUUCGGCUCCGCCCAUUUUUGACAAUAAUAACAACAUCUCCCAAAUAUGGUCAUAAUGUUCCGUUUGGGCUUUUUCGAAUCGUGGACUAGGUUUGGAAUUCUAGGCCAAGACUUUGAUUUUGAGCUUUUGGCUCUAUGUAGAUUAGUUGUGGCCUAGAGAUCCUGAAAAUUUGGUCGAGAAGCCGGAUAUUUGUUUUUCUAGUUCAGGAUUUUGUUUGUUUGAGAUUCCGGUAGCCUAGAAAUCCAAAAACUUGAUUUUCUAGUCCAAUUUUCGCCGAAUUUCCACCCCUCUAAGCUCCUGGUGGCCUAGAAAUCCCAAUCUUCCAUUUCUAGGCCACAUAUCCUUACGAAAAAGAUAGAAAUCUAACCAGUUUUCUCCUUUUCCCACUAUAAUAGUGAAAAAAGGAAGAUUUUUAUCAAGGGCGUCCAAAAAAGGGCUAUCGUGUCUUUUUUUUUGAUGAUUUGAUACUUGAUUUUUUUCUAUUCGGUUUCAGUUUUCUUCUAAUCAUUUGGCUGAAAAUCAACUGUAAUUCUAUCUGUUACAGUAGCCCAGCAAAAAAUUUUGUGACGUCAAAAAGCGCUUUUUUUAGAGGCCGAAAAAAAAUUUGGGAGCACAGCCAGGAUGAGAAAAAUUUUAUAAACAAAUUUUUCUUCCCCGAGUGUGUAGGAGUUUUUGUUUUAAAUAUAUAAACAUUUUUUCGGAGGCGAGCAUUUUCUGAAAAUUUUUUGGCAGCUCUUGGAUCUUUUUCUAGCCCCAAAACAAGUUUCUGGCCUAGAAAACCAAUAUCGAGCCUAGUCCCCGCUCUCAAAUAUUUUUUCUCAUUUCCAUCUCAUUCACCCGAAAUUUCUCAAAUUUCCAGGUGGCGAUGCGCUGCUGGGUGAUAUUCUGUGCCAUUUUCGGCAUCGCAGUAUGCCGUGCACCAUUUGUGGUUAGCGAGGUGGAUGGUGCAAGUGUGCCGGUUGGCUCAAGUGAUGGCUGGAAACAGGCGGCCAAGUUGGUCGAGGCCUCCGUCAAUUUUACGGUGAGCGAAAUUCUAGUCCGCGGCCUAGAAAACCAAAAACUUUCAGCUCGACCCAUGCGACGAUUUCUUCGAAUUCGCCUGUCGCAAAUUCAUCGACGCCAAUCCAAUUCCAGAUGAUCUCACUUCAUAUUCGCAAUUCACGGCGGUUCGCGAGAAGCUUCUCGCCGAAAUGCGCCAACUCUUCGAAGACAACACAUCGAUCUCGAAAUCGAACUCGGUUCGAGUUGUUAAACAAAUCUAUGCGGCUUGUAUGGAUACGGAGACACAGAAUUCGGUUGGACCGAGAGAUAUGUUCGAGAAGAUUAAGGUAGUGUGAGAGAGGCGAUCAUUUUGAUACCGAUAUUGUAUAGGAUUUAAAGGCGCAUAGCUCGUCACGAUGUACCUUUAAAUAUCUCCAAACUCUAAUUAAUUGGGUACGGUUUGAUGCCGAAUUGCAAGGCGCAUCGGAUGAUUUAGGUAUCAGCGCGAAAAUCAAAAAAAAAUCAUUUUUCAAGGCGCAUAAAGUGUCUCGCCACGAUAUCUUCACAAAAACCCUUUUCAAACUUUUACACUAGGUAGCGUCAGAUGCAGAAUUUCAAGGCGCAUCGGAUGACCUAGGUCUCGGCGCGAUAAUCUAAGAAAUUUGAUUUUUCAACACGCAUGAAGGGUCUCGCCACGAUAACUCUUAUUUUCAGACAUUCGGCUAUUGGCCAAUGCUCCACGGCUCAAAAUGGCGUGAAUCGAACUUCGAUUUGACCAAAUUGUUGAUCAAUGUUAUCGCCGCUCGUGAUUCGAUGCCAUUUAUCGAUUUUUAUGCGGAUCAGGAUUCGAUGAAUGUUUCGCGACGAAUGUUGUCGGUAAGAAUGGGAAAAAUCGAUAAUUUUCCACGUGAACUAUGACGUGGCAGUUUGGAAAUUAUCAUUUUUUGUCGAAAACACUGGAAAUUCCAGCAAAACACCCAAAAAAAACCACCUGGUAUACGGUAGCUAGCGUUGUGUGCACUCAGAACUGUUUGCACACAAUUGACAACAGCUACAGUAACCCAUUCCAGCCAAAAAAUCGAAUUUUCCAGUUCUCCCAAUCAUCCCUUGGCCUCGGCUCCUCAACACGUGACUAUUAUUUAAAACCCACAAAAUACGCAAAACAACUCAAAGCCUACCGCACCUACAUCUUGGCAAAACUCCAAAAUUACGCCCAAGACGCUGGACUUGUCCUAAAUCAAGUAGAUUUGGAGAAAGAUGUUGAUGAAAUUAUUGAAUUCGAGACGAAAUGGGCUGCAAUUAUUGUGCCAGAUGAGGAUCAGAGAAAUUAUACACAACUUUAUAAUAUUCGGAAAUUCAGUGAAAUGCAGAAAUUGGUACCAAUUGUGAGUUUUUCUGACAGAAAUUGGGCUCGGGGCAGCAUUUUUGAGCUAAAAAUGACUCUUAGGGGCAGUUUUCAGCUCAAAAAGGCCUGUUAGAAGCCCUGGUCUUGAAAUCUAGUAAAAAUGAGCAUGUUUGAGAUCUUCCAAAUUUUGCUCUCGACCUCAACGUUAGGCUGAAAUUUCACCUAAAAAUCGAUUUUUCCAGAUUGAUUGGCAAAAAAUGCUCCUAGCCACAACUCCAUUCGGAACUCAUGCCUAUAUCAAAUCUGAUCCUGAUGUUAUUAUCGCCGAUUUGGAUUAUAUGAGAAAGUGGGGGGUUUUUUUUUGGUUUUUGACUGAAAAAAUCCUUGAAAUCGGCUAUUUUCCACCCAAAAAUCCCCAAUUUUCUUCCAGAAUCUCGCAACUUCUCCAAGACACCAAUCCACGUUUGGUCACCAACUACAUUCUUCUUCGAUUCGCCGGAACUUAUACCCGAGAAAUUGGAACAAAAUACGAGGAUAUUCAACAGGAUUUCCUGUUCGCCAUGUACGGUAGAAAACAAAAACAACCGAGAUGGAAAGACUGUGUAUCUGUGGCCACUUCGAAGCUCAGUUUCGCGUCUGGAAGUAUGUAUGUCAAGAAGUUUUUCAAUUCGGAAGCCAAGGCGACGACACUGGAAAUGAUUGGAGAUCUUCAGGAGGCUUUUAGGUGAGGGCUAUGUGUGGAAGAAUUGGAUUUUUGAGGUUUCUUGGGCUGAUAACUUUGAGCUUAGAGAUUGAGCUCAAGCUCAGCCCCAGAAAUUUCCUAAAUCCCUCCAAAAUAAUGCUAGAAUUCAGCCGGAUCUGUAAUUUUCUGAAAAUACAGCCUGAAAGCUGAGAUUUUCAGAAAAUUCCAGCUCCCGCGCAGGGGAACCUAUCGCCAAUUUUUUUUUGAAGAAAAAUCGAGUUUUGGCUCAAAAAAUCACCUAAAUUUGCUUGAAAAACCUGCCGGAUCUGUAAUUUUCUGAAAAUCCAGCUGAAAAAGCUCAGGGUUUUCAGAAAUUUCCAGCUCCCGCGCAGGGAAACCUAUCGUCAAUUUUUUUCAGCUCAAAAAAAAUUAAAAAUUGGAUUUUUGAGGUUUCUUGGGCUGAUAACUUUGAGCUUUGAUUUUGAGCUCAAGCUCAGCCCCAUAAAUUUCCUAAAUCCCUUUAAAAUAUUGCCAAAAUUCAGCCGGUUCUGUAAUUUUCUGGAAAUACAGCUCAAUUUUGAGAUUUUCAGAAAAUUCCAGCUCCCGCGCAGGGGAACCUAUCCAUACGUCGCAUGCGUGGGGUAAUCGACCCGAGGAGGGGUUAUCACUCAAACCAGUUUUGGAAGGGGAUGUCACUUGAGAAAACAUUUUGAAGACAUUUUCUAAGCUUUGUACUCUAUCACUUAUUGGGAGUGAUUGAAAUUUCUACGAAUUUUGAUUCAAAAAUCGAUAAUUUCAAAACGUUCAUCCAAAUUUUGAGAAUUUUGGUUUUGAUUUAUUAUUGCCCAAAAUCAAAAAGCAUUGAAAAUAAUUGAUAAUAAAUUAUAUCAAAAUUUUGAAACGUAUUUUUUUGUUUUUGAAAAAUUAGAAUGUUUGAACCAAAAUUUGACUCAAAAGCGGUGAAAAUGAUAAUAUUUGGCGAAAUGAAGAAAUUUUGGGCUCAAAGUUUAUCAAAAAUGUAGAUUGUCAAGUUUAUAUAGCUGAAAUGAGAAGUUUGGGCUCAAAAAAUUACCUAAAUUUGUUUGAAAAACCUGCCGGAUCUGUGAUUUUCUGAAAAUGCAGCCUAAAAGCUCAGGAUUUUCAGAAAAUUCCAGCUCCCGCGCAGGGGAACCUAUCGCCAAUUUUUUUGAAGAAAAAAUUGAGUUUGGGCUCAAAAAAUCAACUAAAUUAGUUUGAAAAACCUGCCGGAUCUUUAAUUUUCUGAAAAUCCAGCUUAAUGUUGAGAUUUUCAGAAAAUUCCAGCUCCCGCGCAGGGGAACCUAUCGUCAAUUUUUUUGAAGAAAAAUUGAGUUUGGGCUCAAAAAAUCAACUAAAUUAGUUUGAAAAACCUGCCGGAUCUUUAAUUUUCUGAAAAUCCAGCUUAAUGUUGAGAUUUUCAGAAAAUUUCUACUCCCGCGCAGGGGAACCUAUCGUCAAUUUUUUUUUUGAAAUUUUCGGAUUUGGGUUCAAAACCUUCAGAAUUUCCCGUAUAUUUCUAAUUUCAGCCAUGUUUUUUUUUGCAGAAACAUGCUUUUGGUAAAUGAUUGGAUGGAUUCUGGAACCAGAAAAGCUGCGUUGGAAAAAGCAGAAGCAAUGUUGAAACAAAUUGCCUAUCCGGAUUUCAUUUUGAGCGAUGAGAAGUUGGAUGAAUGGUAUAAAGGAGUGAGUUUUUCAGGGGUUUGGAACGAAAAAAAAUGAACAUUUUUUGGCCUGUAGACUUAUUUGGACUCAAAAAAUUCCACUUUUCAGAUCACCACUGAACCUACCGACACUUAUACACAAAUUUCGGAUAAAAUUUUGACCUGGAGAAAUAAUUUCAAUUUCCGCCGACUCUUGGAACCUGUGAAUCGCGACGAAUUCAUUUCCGGAGCUGCUGUUGUCAACGCAUUUUAUUCGCCUGGAAAGAAUGCCAUCGCAUUCCCAGCUGGAAUUUUGCAGAAUCCAUUCUUUGAUGCCAAAUUUCCGAAGUGAGUUUUUUACGCGGAGCAUUUUGAGCUAAAAAUGUUGAAUUUCGACCUGAAAUUCGAGAUUUUUAGACUAUUUGGACUCGAAAAUUAGGAUUUCUGAGGUUUUUUGGGCUGAAAACCUCGAGAGCUUAGAUUUUGAGCCUCAAGCUCAGCCCCAAAUAUUUCCUAAAUUCACCUGAAAUGUUGAUUAAAACUUGCCGGAUCUGUAAUUGUCUGAAAAUCGAGCUGAAAAGCUCAGGAUUUUCAAAAAAUUUCAGCUCCCGCGCCUAUCGUCAAUUUUUUUUUGAAAAAAAUUGAGUUUGGGCUCAAAAAAUCACCGAAAUUUGCUUGAAAAACCCUGCCGGAUCUGUAAUUUUCUGAAAAUCGAGCUGAAAAGCUCAGGAUUUCCAGAAAAUUCCAGCUCCCGCGCAGGGGAACCUAUCGUCAAUUUUUUUUGAAAAAAAUUGAAUUUGGGCUCAAAAUAUCACCUAGAUUUGCUUAAGAAACCUGCCGGAUCUGUAAUUUUCGGAACAUACAGCUUAAUGUUGAGAUUUUCAGAAAAUUCCAGCUCCCGCGCAGGAGAAACCUAUCGUCAAUUUUCUAAGCCUAAGUCUAGGCUCAUUUGGGUAAAAAAAAAUCCCAAAUUUUUGCAGAGCCCUCAACUACGGUGGUAUCGGUGCUGUAAUCGGUCACGAAAUCACCCACGGCUUCGACGACACUGGAAAACAAUUUGACAAUAUCGGAAAUUUGCGAGAUUGGUGGGAUAACACAACAGCCACAAAAUAUGCCCAAAAAGCCGAAUGUAUCAAAAAUCAAUAUUCCGAAAUCGUCAUCCCCGGAAUCAAUAUGAAUAUCAAUGGAAAAUUGACAUUGGGCGAAAAUAUUGCGGAUAAUGGAGGAGUCAAAGAGUCGUUCAAAGCCUACCAGGCCUAUUUGGCUAAACAUGGGGCCGAAUCUCGAUUGCCGGGCUUUGAAAAAGUCACCAAUGAGCAAUUAUUCUAUAUUGGAUAUGCGCAAGUUUGGUGUGGAUCGAAAACGGAUGAGGCGAAAACCAAUCAGAUUCUAACCGACCCACACAGUCCUGAAGUGGCCCGUGUUAAUGUGGUCCUCUCGAAUCAGCCUGAAUUUGCGCAGGCCUUCCAAUGCAAGCCCGGAAGUCGUAUGAACCCCGAGAAACGAUGUGUUGUUUGGUAGGCCAAGGGGCUUUUCCAAAAAGCCCUUUUGGCCCCUUUUCUGUAAGCCUAAGCCCAAGUAUUAAAAAAAAAUUGUGUUGUAUAUAUCGUAUAUCAUAUUGAUAAUGAAUGAGGUUUUUCUCAAUGGAGCGUGUUUGAUUUUUUUCACAGGGAAAAUUUCAAUUUUAUAGGAUUUCUGGGUUUUAUCAAUGGAGCGCGCUUACAUUUUUUUCACUGGGAAAAUUUGAAUUUUCAAGGAAAUCUGGGUUUUAUCAAUAGAGCGCGGUUGCACUUUUUCACUGGGAAAAUUUGAAAUUUCAAGGAAUUCUGGGUUUUAUCAAUGGAGCGUAUUUGCAUUUUUUCACAGAGAAAAACUUUGAAUUUUUGGGAUUUCCCGCAUUUUUUGCAUUGGAGCGCAAUUCUAGAAUGUUCCCCCAAAACUCACCUUUUUCCUCAAAAAAAAAUGCAGAAUUCCAAAAAAUCCCAAAUUUAAUUAUUCAAAAACUUUAAUUUUUCUCAAAAAUAAAAUUCAGAAUUUUCUGGAAUCCUGUGAAUACUAGAAAAGUAGCGUAGUAAGAAUACUGUAGCAUAAUUUUGGCGCCAAAAACCUCUUGGCACCCUUCCAAAACCCCUCAUCCCCCUUUUUACACACUCAAACAGAAGGGAGGCAAAAAAUAUGGGCAAUUUGCCAAGAGGCUGUGAUAGAGUGUGGGAAAUGAGGAGAGUAGGAGAGACAGUUAGACAACGAGGGAUAAUGGGGAGAUGAGAGAGUGCAGACGGAGUAAUGGGCAAUUUGCCAAAAGGUGACGAAAUAGUGAGGGAAAUGACUAGAGCAGGAGAGACUGUUAGACAGCGAGAGAGUGUUGUGAGAUGAGAGAGUGGAGAAGACGGUUAGAGAAAAAUGAAUUGUGUCGUGUUGGAGGUCGCGUUGUUUUUUUUUUCUGCUGACUGGCUGUCCAUUUUUUUGUUGUUGUAAAGAAGAAAGAUGAGAUGAUGAUAAUCAACGGUGAGAGAGUGUGGUAUUUGAGAGAGACGCAGACUGCUAGAGACUGUUAUUGAUUAUUGAUUGGGAAAAAGGGGAGAAAUGAAGAAUGGGUGGUGUUAUUGUUUUGGUUGUUGUUUGGAUGGCUGAAAAUUUGUAUUUAGCUGAAAAUUUGGGGAUUUUUGAGGUGAAAAUUCGAAAUAUGUGAUAUUCAGGCUAAAACCAGCGAAAAUCUUAGAAUUUCACCAAAAAACCCUUGAUUUUCAGAAGAAUUAUGAAUUUUCAAUGGAACACAGAGUUUUUCAGCUCAAAAUGUUCAGUUUUCUUGAAAAAUCUAGCUCUCCAAGCUUAAAAUUAUCGAUUUUUUAGGCAAGUAUCUCGAAUUUUCAGCCAAAAACCCCUAGAUUUUAAUGUUUUCUCAGAAUAUUUAGCUCUCUCUCAAAUUCCUUGUUUUUUUGUCCUUGAUCCAAAUCGAAGCCCAAUAAAAAGGGCUUUUAUCCAUCGGCCAAAACGUCGCGUGAGAGUCGGGCCAGCUAAAAAGCGGCAAUUAUCUGAAACCCAAAUUUGACCGCCCCUUUUUGCGGGGAAAACGAGCAUCAGCAUUAACGAUGCUCGUUUAACGGCCAAAAUGGUCCUAUUCGGGCCAAAAAAUAUGUCUGAGGGGGCUUGGGAUGGUUUUUUCGGGCUUUAUGAAGCUUCCGAGAAUCUUAAAGCUCUUAAAAUACGUUUACAUAUACUUUAAGAACCUUAAAAACCUUUUUUAGGCCGUUUAAUGUGUAUAUAUAUAUAUAUAUUUUGUGAAGACUAGGCGAAGGCGAAUCGAAUGUUUUGUGAAAAGAGAAGAGAAGAAAGAUGGGCGGUAUGUGGAGAGGCGAGAGAGUGCGAGACGCCAGACACAACAAAGCGUGGCGUAUGGGGGAGAGAGUGCGAAAGAGACGCAGAGAAACAUAACUGCUAACUUGUCUCUGUCUCUCUAUGUAUAUAUAUAUAUAUACACAUAUUAUAUAUAUAUAAAUAUAUAUUUGUAUUUUGGAGAGAUUUGCUGUUUUUUUGUAGUCACUCACACAUACAACUAUUUUUAGCCGUGGGGCGCGAUUAGACUACCUUUGAUUUUAGAUAAUAGAAGGGAGGGAUGACCUUGCCGGGAAGAUUUUGGCGGGAGAUUGUGAGAUUGGCUGGUUGCCAAGGUUCUUUAAGGACACCAUGGUUUUUUUUUAGCUUUUAGGCUCAUAAAACUGAAUCUCAAUCUUAUUAUUUUCUAGUUUUCGAGCUCGAGAGCUGCUUCCAGAUUUAAAAAAAAAUUGACGAUAGGUUCCCCUGCGCGGGAGCUGGAAUUUUCUGAAAAUCCUGAGCUUUUUCAGCUGGAUUUUCAGAAAAUUACAGAUCCGGCUGAAUUCUAGCAUUAUUUUGGAGGGAUUUAGGAAAUUCCUGGGGCUGCGCUUGAGCUCAAAUUCUAAGCUCAAAGUUGUCAGCCCAAGAAACCUCAAAAAUCCGGCAGGUUUCUUUUCUAUUUGAAAAUUAGAAGCGUAGUGCUCGUAGUUUUAGCCUACAAAAUGCAGAAUUUUAGACUUCAAUAUGAGUUUCGUCAAAUUCUCGCUACAAAUUUUGUUUCAGCUUUUUUUGUCUGAAACAGUGAACGUACCAAAUUGGUAUUUUCUGCGAUGAAAUCUUGUCAGCCAAGACUUCGAUUUUUUGAACAAAAAGUUUGAUUUCACCUGUCUCUUCUUAAUUAUUUUCUAAAUUUUCACCUUUCUCAGCUAAAAAGCUAGUUAUAUAUUAUUUUCGUAUAUAUACCAAAACCUCGUUUUUAGCCGAGACUUAUCACGCGAAAAUCUCCUUAUACCUACUAAAUCCGCUUACACCGGCUUUUCCGGUGAUUUUUGCACCAAAACUCCAUCCACAUUCAAUUUUCUGGCCCAAAAAAUAAUGUGUUGAUGAAAUUUGGGCAAUGUAACGUGACCUUUUCGUAAUUUCUCAAUAAGCAUCAUUUAAAUACACGUCAUUUCUUAUUGAUUUGUCUAUUGGAAUCAUUUUGCGCCUCAUAAAAAUCGUCUGUUUUCAGAAAAAAAUUCGUAUUAACACACGAGAAAGCAGAAAGAAGAAAAGAAAAGCGAAAAAGUGAGUUUUGUUUUUUUGUUUUCGCGCGUUGGUGUUUGCACAGUGACGCACAAUUGCAGAGCGCGGGAAUUCAAACAAUCAUUUUUUUUUCGAAAUUCCAGCAAAACUCUAUCUAUUUCCAGCAUGAAACCAUGGUUCAAAUGAAUUUAUCAAGAGAAUCGAGACAUGUUGCAGUUCAUGGUCUCCCAGAAAACCUGACAAUCGAAAAAAUCACCGCAUUUUUCGCGAUCUACGGAAAAGUCCAGAAAAUCGAUAAAAAUCCGGCGGAUAAGAGUGUAAUCGUUAGUUUCAAUGAUGUUCGAAGUGCACAAAAAGCAUAUCAAGGAGAGCAUUUGCUGGAUUCAAAUAUUCCUUUCACUAUUAACUUCCAUGAACCAGAUUUAUCAAUGAAAAGGUAAAAAUAUCGAGUUUGAUGUUAAAAAAUCGCAAAUUUUUGCAGCACAUCUUCUCAAGUCACAAAUCCACUAAGCACAUUGAAUACAAGUGCUCCGACUACAAGUUUUCGACUUACGCCAAUGCCAAAACCCAAAGAAAACGCGGCAAAUGUGUUUAAUAUUGCGUUGCAAAAGAGCACAUUGAAACGAUUGACUAGGGAAUCGCAGGGGGCGAAAAGUUCCAGGGAAACUAGGUAAAUAGCGUGAAAAAUGUGGUAAUUUUCAUGAAAAAUACAAAAAAGUAUUGGUAAAAACCACAAUUCUAUCAAAAACCAACGAAUUUUCAAGAAAAAUAUAUCUGAAGUACGAAAAAUCUCAUACUUUUUCCAAGCUGAAGCUAUAAUCGUGGGAAAAUUGCGGUUUUUGACUGAAACUUAUAUAAAAAUCAAUUUUUCCCGCGCAAAAAGUAUUUUGUCCAAUACAACACCCGGAAGCAAAUACGCUCCACCUGACCUGUAUUCAUCUCUAUGUCUGCACUCUCUCCUAAUCCCACACUCUCUAACUUUCGCUUUUUGACCCCGCGCGAGCCGUUUGCUCCUCUUGUCUUUGUUUUGUUUGGCCGGCGCGCGCGCCCCUUGCGCCCGCGACCUUUUUCCCUCUGCACUCUCGCAUUUCUCCAUACUCUCUCGCGCUGUCUGAUCUAUCUUUUCACAAAUAAUAGACAGAGAGAAUGGGGGAAAAUAGACCGUGUUUUUUUGCUGUGUGACUGACUGACUGUGCGUAGUUUUUUGAUUGGGAAAUUGGGUGUUCGCUAGGGUUUUGGGUGCGAAAAUGGACGAUUUUCACCCGGAAAUCACUAAAAAUUAUGGGUUUUUACCCGGGAAUCCUGAUUUUUUGAUGAAAUUUCAUCAGAAAAUUACGAUUUCUGACCGAAACUUGAUUUUAAAACAUGGAUUCAGACUGUUUUCUGAGCUCAAAAAAUUGAUAAUUGAAUUUUUGAGGUUCACGUAAAUUUGCUUGAAAAACCUGCCGGAUCUGUAAUUUUCUGAAUAUCCAGCUGGAAAAGCUCGGGAUUUUCAGAAAAUUACAGCUCCCGCGCAGGGGAAUCUAUCGUCAAUUUUUUUUUUUUUUAAAUUGAGUUUGGGUUCAAAAAAUCACCUAAACUUGCUUGAAAAACCUGCCGGAUCUGUAAUUUUCUGAAAAUCCAGCUGAAAAAGCUCAGGAUUUUCAGAAAAUUUCAGCUCCCGCGCAGGGGAACCUAUCGCCAAUUUUUUUCAAAUUUGUACAGUAUUUGGGCUCAAAAUGCUCCAAAUCUCACCUAGAUUCCAAAAAAAAUCUAAAUUUUCCAGCGAACCAUCAACAUCAGCAGCUACAGUAGCCCAAAAUCCCGUGUCUUCCACUUCAUCAACUCCCUCUUCAACAUCUUCCUCAACAACAACAGCGCCCCAAUCAACUACAGUACUUCAGGCGAUAAUUGUUGAAAAACUACCGGUUAGAAGUGAGGGAACAUUAAAGGAGCAUAUCAAAGAGGCGCUGAAGAGAUACGGUAGAAAUUUACAAGAAAUAUUGAUUGAGAACGACGGUGAUUGUGGAAGAAAGGCUGUGGUUUGGUUUCAAAGGUACGGUGGAUUUCGGGACGGGUUUUGGGGUGAAAAAUCAUGAUUUUUCACGAUUUUCGACCGAAAAUUCAUCAUUUUUGAUUAAUUUUGAUCCGAAAUCAAGUAUUUUUGUUGCAGAAUCGACCACGAGAAAGUUCAACAAGAGCCGUAUUUAAAUAUUCUUGGACAACGUGUCAGAUUACGUGUGGCGCCAUUUUCAAGGUAAUUUUUAGGAAAAUUUGGAUUUGGGAGCUGAAAUUGAGCAUUUUGAGAUUAAAUUUGAUAGGAUUGCUCAGAUUAAACCUGAAUUUUCAGUUGAAUCUGAGCUUCCUGGGCCAAUUUAAGCUUCAAAAAGAUCAAAGUUAUCAAUUUUUGAGUUAAAAAGGUUCCCAGGAUCAAAACAUACCAAUUUUUACCAUUCCCCGCCUUAUUUGACCCCAGAAACUUGGAAAAAUCCCGAUUUCAACUCUAAAAUUAGCAAAUUUGCUUCAUUGAGAAUUAGGUGGUUUUUUGGAAAAUUCAAAUAUUUAGAAAUGCUGGAAAUAGGUUAGAAAUAUCGGAUUUUUCCGAUUUUCGCACCCAAAAUCUGUAUUUUCAGCGCCACAUCAUCUCAACCAUCAACAUCUUCUUCAACAAAAGAAUCAUCUGAUCUACCAAAUUCAAUAAAAUGCGCUUCAUCUUCUUCACAAAAUCAAUCAAUAACUCAACAACAACUACCAUCCACAGUACUCCAAUCACAAGUCGCCUCUUAUAAACGUGGAAUUCCGCCGAAUCUGGCAUCCAGCCAAAAUCCCAGUCAAAUGAGCCUAAAUUCAUCGGCCCUCGGCCUCAAUUCAUCUUCGGGCUCAUUUCAAAGUCAAGAUGAAGUUGAUAUUUUCCACCCUAAAGCCUCGCGAACUCUUUAUGUUGGUGGAUUGGAAUCUCGAAUAUCUGAAGAGAAUCUGAAGCGACGAUUCUCGAAAUUUGGCGAGAUUCUGGAUGUGGAUGUGAAGAAUUUCGAAUCGCCCAGUCCUUUCGCUUUUCUACAAUUUGCUGAUAUUGAUUCGAGUGUCAAAGCGAUUAAUGCACAUUUGGGAGCGAAUAAGAAGGGAAGGGUGAGUUUUUGGGGUUUUUUUGAGCCUGGAAACAUGAAAAAUCGAUUUUCCCAUCAAAUUUGACCCCCGGAACGUUUAAAUCUGAUGAUUUAACCCUAAAAUUGGCAAAUACGCUCUAUUGAGAAUUUGGCGGGUUUUUGAGAAAUUCAAAUUUUCAAAUAAGCCGGAAACUAUGAAAAUCUAGAGAAUUUCAUGAUUUUUUUGUGAUGUUUUUGUUUCUCAACAAAAUAUCCGAUUGCUCAUCUUAUCUAUCGUCUAAAAAUAAACAUUUUGCAAUGUUUUGAUAUCAAAAAUCUCAUUAUUAAGCCACGCCCACUUUUUAUUGUAUAAAAAUUGGAUUUUUUCACAAUUUUCAGCUGAACAUGAGUCAUUUUUAAUGAUGAAUUGGAAAUUUUUGAAUUUUUCGAAAACCCGGGUCAAAAUUGUCCAUUUCUUAUCAAAUCUGAAAUUUUCAGCCAAAUUUUGGACGAUCAAUGACUUCCAACAAAUUAUGGAUUGGAAAUUUGCCCGAAAAAGCGCAGAUGGAUUAUAUUGUUCAGAAAUUGAGGACACUUUCGGAUGAUGUUGGAGAUGUGAAUGUUGAUAUGAGAGCCAAGCAGGUAAGCUGGAAAUCUGGAAUUUUUGACUAAAAAUGACCUAAAAUUCGAUUUUCCCAUCAAAAUUGACCCCGGGAAGUUGAAAAUCCGACAAAACUUGCAAAUGCGCUCUGUUGAGAAUUUGCCGGGUUUUUAAAAAAUUCAAAUUUUCAAACAUGUUCAAAUCUUGUUUCUUGGCUAUUUUUUGACCUGAAAUUAAACAUUUUCAAAUUUUCUUCAAUUUCAGGUUGAAAAAAUUGUUUUCAAAAAAUUUUUUGAUCUGAUCUACCCGAAAUUUUUCCAACUUUUAAUAUUUUCAAAAAAAUCAAUUUUCAAUUUUUUUUUUUUGCUUUUCAGGCAAUUAUUGUAUUCACGUCACCGGAAUCCGCCACGCAGGCUUACAAUCGAAUUCGCUCAAGUCAACCAAAGCCUUUGUGAGUUUUUCAGGGGAUUUUUGAGCUCCGGGAGCAUUUUUGGGUUGAAACUAUGGAUUUUUGGUUCCGAAAGCCUCAAAUUCGGUCUGGGUGCCAGUUUUUUGACCCAGGGACCACCCGGUUUAAUUUCAGUUUCUUCUUCUCUCUCUCUCUCGCUUGAGAGAAUGCUAGACACAAAAAGAAAAUUAGAAAAAGGCGAGAGAGUAAGAGAGCGGCUAGACAUAAAAAGUGAGGAGGAAGAAGAAGAAGAAGCCUGAAAAGAAAGAAGAUCCAUUUUUGGAUGUCUUUGUAUGUCUGGCUCACUCUCUCUGCUCUCCACACUAUUUCCACCCUCGUCAUUUUGUGUCUCGCACUCUCUCCAUUUUUUUCUGCUAUUUUUUGUAGCCUAGCCUUGUGAAGAAGUUGUAUUAUUUGACCAUUGGGGGCUUUUUCUGGGCCGUUUCAGGCUUUUGGACCUAAAACUCGUUAAAAAUAUGAGUUUUCAAGGGCUUCUUGGAUCUUUAGGGCAUUUUAAGGCAUAUUUUCAUCUUAAUUGGAAAAACAUUGGAAUUUCCGGACUAAUUUUUGAGCAUUUUCUUAUUCUGCUUUAGAUUCAUCUGAAAAUUCUGUAAAUGUCAAUUUUCAACCCGAAAAUUGCUCCGAAAGCCUGAAAAAUUACCCGGAAAUCAUUUUCUUGAUUAAAAAUUUGCCAAAAUUUCAUUUUCUCGGCCAAUUUUUCAUCCAAAAAUCCAAUAUUUGGUCCAUUUUUCACCCCUCCGCAAAAUGAGCCCGGAAACCCAUUUUUCUGGCUCUUUUUUCAUUAGUUUUAGCCUAAGUCUAACCGCCCCCCCCCCAAAUGAAAUUUCAUUUGUGCAAAGCUCUCCGCAAAAAAUUGAGCUAGAGUGCUUUUUUUUUUGGGAUUUUUGGGCUCUAAAAUGAGCAAUGAUCAAUUUUUGGGCAUUGCUCAUGUUAACUGAUUGUUUGGAGCUUGAAUUUGAAGAGAUGAAGGCUAAUAUGAGCAAUUCCUAAUUUUUGAAUAUUCAAAAAAUUAGGCAUUGCUCAUGUUAUGGACCAAUUUCUCCCCAAAAACCCCGAUUUUUUGCAGUUACUUCAAAUUUCCGGACGGAGAUCAGCGGAUAGCUGCGGAUUAUUGCUCGGAACGACUCUACGAGCAUUUCAUCGAUCGCAAACAUCAACAUACACUAACUCAGGAUUCUUCAUCGUCAAUUUUGCCACCUCCACCGGGUUUCCCAGCUCUAGGAGUCCCGCAGGAAGUGGCCGAACCGCUUCUCGCACCGCCACCCAAUCCACCACCCAACAUGCCGAGUUUUGUGGCGGCUACGCAAAUUGCGCCGGCGGCCGCGGUGCGACAUCGCGACUCGCGACGCAGUCGCACACCACAAUCGUCGUCGUCGUCGCGAAGAAGAUCAAGAAGUCGCGAGUCGUCGACGCGGCCAAUUCCGCGCGGACCGCCGCCGCGACGAUAUGAGACGCAAGCGUCGUCGCGGCAUCGAGGAAAUGGGACAUCGGGAAGAGAUAGGACGAUGGGCUCGAAGAAGAGAAGGUGGGUGCUUUUUGGGGGGUACUGUAGGUUUUGGCGCGAAAUUUGGAACAUUUUAAGACCAAACAUGAGUAUUUUUAAGGAAUUCGGGGACUAGAAAACCAAAUCUGGAAUCCUAGUCCCCGAAUUCAAACCAAAUUUCCGUAGAAAAUUCCUAAAAUUUGGAUUUCUGAGGCUAUUUGACACCGAAAAGCACAUUUUUAAAGAGAAUUUUCAUAUCGGCGACUAGAAAACCAAAUCUGGAAUCCUAGUCCUCGACUUCAAAUCAAUUUUCCUUAAAAAAUCCCUAAAAUUUGGAUUUCUGGGCUAUUUGACACCAAAAACCGCAUUUUUAGAGAAUCUUGAACUCUGGGACUAGAAAAACAAAUUUGUAAACCUAGUCCCCGAUUUCAAACAAUAUUUUUGCUUUUUUAAGCCGAAAAAGCUCAAAUUUCUAUACUAAUGAAUAAUAAUAAUCCAAAAAAUCGAAAAGGAAAAAGUGCAAAUCUCGGUUUCCACGGAAACCCGCUCCAAAAAGUGAUACAAUGAGAAAAAACCAAGGAGAUUUAAUAUUAAUCAUUCAUUUUGUCACAUUUUCCACUUUUUUCAUUAAUUUUGUCUGGAAUGGGCCAUUUUUUGGUUUACUAGGGCAUUUCUAACCCUGAAAAACUUUGAAAAUUCAAAUUUCCCGCCGAAAGUAACCCCUAGAACAUCAAAAUCCGACGAUUUUACUCUAAAAUUAGCAAAUACGCUCUAUUGAGAAUUUGGUGGGAUUCGGAACUAUUCAAAUUUUUAGACACCCAGUAUAUGGUUCAAAGCCGUUUUUAGCCUUCUACGUCGUUUCUAACCCUAAAAACUAUGAAAAUUCAAAUUUCCCGCCGAAAUAGACCCCUAGAAUAUCAAAAUUCGGUUGUUUACCGUGAAAUUAGCAAAUGCGCUCUAUUGAGAAUUUAGCGAAUUUUUGAAAAAUUCAAAUUUUUAGAAAUAGUUCUGAUGUUUUCAGCCGAACCUCGUCAACAUCUUCAUCAUCAUCAUCAGGUUCAACAUCAAAUUCAUCGAGCUCCAGCUCGAGUUCCUCCAACUCAUCAAGUCGAAAUCGCUCAUCUCGCCGUCAAUCUCGCUCCCCUCAUCGACGAAAACAUCAACAAGACUCAUCAAAUUCCUCCUCUCGACACACUUCACAUCGACAUCGACGCUCACCAAGUCGCCAGCGACAUCGUCGCGAUUCGGAAGCGUCGCAUCGCAGUCGAGACACGCGAUCACCGUCAGUUGUGCGAAGUAUACAUCAGAAGGCUUCUGGAUUCUUUGCGGAAGGACCGUUGGCUCCCCCGCCAGCACCGCCGCCGAUUAUUGAGCCGCCAACUCCGCCCCCACCACCUCCGAUCGUUGGACCUUCGACACCGCCAGCACCGCCGGAGGAGGUUGAAGUUCAGGCUUCUGUGGAAGCGCCAAGCACGUCUCAGGUCCAAGCUCCAGGCUCCACCAAAACCCUCGGUCCCACCUCGACCACCCCAACCCAAUCUUCAACACAAGCGGCCCAGUCAAGAUUCAACAUCAUCUUCUCAAGCCCCGCACACACCGCUCAAAAACAUCCGACCCGAACUAGUGGUACCGCUCGAAGUGCCGCCGAACGCGCCGAUUAUCCCACGAGAUCCGCGCAACCGCAACGCCACUCGCAUCCCCGUCUACCGUGUUCCAUACACGCGCAACAAUGAGGCGAUAACGCGGCGGGCCGGCCCGCCCAAGACAAAUUUGCUGUUUUAUCGAUUUGGCGAGAAUAUGCCUUGUAAGUGUUUUGGGAUGUUGGGAGUGGGAAAAUUGAGUUUUUUUUUACUCCAUAAACCUUGGAAAAUUGAUAUGAGCAAUCCUGGUGAAUUUUGAGUUAAUAUGAGCAAUUUUAGGGUUUUUUUUAACUAAAAUGAGCAAUUCUGAGAUUUUCUUUCUUGAAAAUCAAGGGUUUUUGAUUAAUAUGAGCAAUCCUAGACAAUUUUGAGUAAAAAUGAGCAAAUUUGCAUUUUUCUAAAGUUAAUCUAAGCAAUCCUAGUGGUUUCAAAACGGAUAUGAGGAAUCCUGUGGUUAUUCUCAAAAAAUCACGAUUUUUGACUAAUAUGAGCAAUCCCUAGAUUUUUUUUCUCAAAAAAAUCACGAUUUUUGACUAUUAUGAGCAGUCCUGGGUUUUUUCAACUAUAAUCCUCGAAAUUUUCAAUUUUGAGUUGCUCAUGUUAAACAAUUUGUUGAAGAAAAGCGAGUUUUGCUCAUAUUAACACCAAUUUUCCCUGAAAAAAUCCUGUUUUUAGACUAACAUGAGUAAUGCUUAGACUUUUUCCGUAACACACACAAAAAUUGGGGCAUUGCUCAUGUUAAUCAAUUUUACGAAUGAAAUCUAGCAUUGCUCAUAUUAACACUAAUAAAACAUGUUUUCUGCAGCCUUACACCAAACAAAUGACACGUGGCCGGUGCCGCGAAAUUCUUCGCAGCCAAGUUCUUCACACAAGCCUGCUGCAGUUUCAUCAUCGAAUCGAUCUUCUGGAUCAAUUGUCAAGAAACCGCAAGAACAUCACAAUUCUGGAGCACAUCAUAGCUCGAAUUCAAGCCACAACCAUCACAAUUCUAGCCAUUCACAUCAGAGUCAACAGGCGGCUCAACGAAGGAUAUCUGGUGGAGCAAUUAUGGCCAGCUCUUCGGAUGAUGAUGAUUAUGUGAGUGAUGGAGAAGGUGUGACGAAUUAUCCGCCACCGCCGCCGAGUUCGCUGGAUUUGUUGUGCGCGCCGCCGCCCAAGAGUUUUGAUAACUCGUUGAUCAAGAAGGUUGGUACGGGGUUUUGGAGCUUUAAUUUGAAAAGUUUAGCCUGAAAAUGAGGAAUUUUCUGGCCUUUAAUCAGAAGAACCUAAUUUUAAACCCCUCAAGUUUUUAGCUGAAAAUGAGCCAAGAAUAUUGGAGCCUGAAUUAAUUUAAUCUAAAUUUUUGGCUUUUUCAAACACGGCAUUUUGAAGGCUAAAAUAAUCCAAUUUUUUGAAAUGCUGAAAACUUGACCUGAAAUUAAAAAAACAUUUAGCUCAAAAAUUAUUCCGGAUAUUGCAGGAUUUUGAAGCCUGAAUCUGAUUUUUGAAAAUUCGGAAAAUCUGGAAUUCCACGUUUAUUCAAGAAUUUUCAUCUAAAAUUCCAGGAUUUGAGUUCAAAAUGCUCUCUAAUCCAACUUAUCAUUCCAGAAAAUCGACAUCUUUGGCGAACGUCUCAAAACAUCUCAACCCUCAACACCAGCCACACCUCUGGCAACAUCAACCCCUCUUCAAACAUCACAAAACUAUCAUCCGCUUCACCCGAUUUCGAUUGGAGGCGCUCCAUCAACGUCAACUUCAACUUCACACAAUCAGAAUGCGAUCUCGACAUCGAAUUCAGGCCCGAAUUCAGGCCUGAACCACCAAAAUCUGAAUCAAAACCAGGAGAAUAUUGAUCGAAACGGCCCCGCCGCCAAGCGAUUUGGUCUCAAAAAAGUGUCGGGAGGAAGCGGAGAGCUCGCGGAUAUUCGAGAUAGGCUAAGUCAUUUGGAGAGGCAGCGAGUUGUGAAUGAGUUUGCCGAUAUUCUGCCGACGACAAGUGCGGUUGCACCGAUUAUCCCGCCGGCAAAUUCGAAAUCGCAUCCGCCACCGUUGAGUAUUGCGAUUCCUGGACCGUCGAGUUCGACAAUCUCAACAUCGACAGCGGCCAUGAUGACUGGAAUGACACCAAAACCGUUGAUGAGUCCUGGGGUGAGUUUUUUGGGGGUGAUUUUUGGAUUCUAGAGGUUCUGAGGAUCGUUUAGAAUCUAAAUUUGAUGGUUUUUAGAGUCUAGAGCUUAUUGGGCCCGAAAAAGCCUAGUUUUUGGAUUCCUGAGGUGCUGAAAAUCAUUCAGAAUCUAAAGCCUAAGAUUCAGAAUUUGAUAAUUUAGAAGAAAAAGCCUAGUUUUUGGAUUCCUGAGGUCCCGGAGAGCAAUGAGAACCUAAAUUUGAUGAUUUUCAGAUUCUAGAGAUUCUGAGAAGCAAUUAGAGUUCAGAUUUGGUGAUUUUUUUUGGAUUCUGGAGGUUCUGAAAAUCAUUUAGAAUCUGAAUUUGAUGAUUUUAAUAUUCCUGAGCUAAUUGGGAAGAUUUUGGAUUCCUGAAGUUCAGGGGAGCAAUUAGAGCCCAAAUUUGGGGAUUUUUAGAUUCUAGAGAUUCUGAGGAUCAUUUAUUAACUAAAUUUGGGAAUUUUUGGAUUUCUGAGCUCAAAAUUAGAGAUUUUUGAUAGUUUAGAAGCUCUGGGACCACCUUGACCUAGAAUUUGGAGUUUUUUAGAAUUUGAAGGUUCUUGGGGGUAUUUUGAUCCCCGAUGAGGUUAGAUUUUGAAUUUUCGGGAUUUCAGAAGCUCUGGGUUCAUCUGGACUUCUGAAAUCAAACGUUUUUCGAAAUCUAGAGGAUCUGGGGAAUAUUUAGAAUCUAAAUUUGGUGAUUUUUGGAUUUCUGAGCUCAUUGGAAUUAUUCUGAGCCCGAAAAAGCCUAGAUUUCGGCUUCUAAAAGCUCCGAAGAUCAUCCGCAAGCUUCAGAAGCCAUUAUCACUUCUGGAGACUCUCAAAAAUCCCACUAUUUUUGCAGGGCACAUCAUCCCGUCACUCAUCAAUCUCGCUAUCACAACGUCCAGCCACCAUAGUCUCCCGUCAACCGUCGAAUGCUCAAGAAAUGCCGUCACCCAUCCUCUCCGCACCACCACAACCACCAUAUCUCCCGCCAAAAUCCGCUCCGGUGCCUCCUAGCGCAGGCGGCGCCAAAAUGAUGUCACCCCCUGCGCCCACCAAAAAAGAUUCGACGUCGAAAACGAUUGCUCAGGUCAAACGACAUGAUUCGGUUUCGGUGCCUGUUGGAUUGCAGAAUCCAAUAAAACCUGCUGGGAUUCAGUCUCGAAGUAUGUCGGAAAAUGUGCCCAAAACACCCACUGUUGGCGAGAAUGUGAUAAAUAAGAUGCUCAAUCCAACGCAGAGCCUCUGGGGUUUGCCGAGUUUCAAGAAGAAUAGUGCGCCGAGCACACCGGGCAGCACUUUGACAAGUCCGCAAGCUCCAGGUUUGGCUCCGAAUUCCGGAAAGAAGGAUAAAGAGAAGGAAAAAGAAAGAGAGAAAGAGAGGGAGAAAGAGAAGGAGAAGGAGAGAAAGAAGGAAAAGAAGCGAGAGAAGGAGAGGAUUCGAGAGAAAGAGGCGGCGGCAGCAGCGGCAGCAGCAGAGAAGCAGAGAUUGAAAGAGAAGCAGAGGAAGAAGGAGGAGAAGCAGAGGUUGAAGGAGAAGCAGAGGAAAAAGGAGGAGAAGAAGAAGAGAAAGCAGCAACAACGAGAGAGUACGGGAAGUGAGGAGAGCACAGGCGACGAGGCGACAGCAGCAGAAGUUCGAGAUAAGGAUUUGACGCAAGAGCAGAGGGAUCGGCGAUUGGCGAUACUGUUGAGUGAGGGAUCGAUUAUUGAGAAGGUGAAGAGUCGGAGGAAUAAGGUGGAGAAGAAGAAGAAUGAGAGUUUGGAGAAGAUUCGGGGAGCGGCGAAGAAGGGUGGACCGGUGAGUCGGGAAAUUUUUGGAUUUGGGAAGUCGGGGGAGUAUUAUGAUACUAAAUUUGAAGGUAAUCGCUCAUUUUAGGUGAAUUUUGGGAUAUAAAUUUCAAUAUUGCUCAUAUUAGUCUGAAAAAAGUUAUGAAAAUUUCACAAUUGCUCAUGUUAAUAUGAAAUUCUCAGGAUUGCUCAUUUUAGGCGACUUUUGUGAUAAAAAUUCCAAAAAUUGCUCAUGUUAACCCGAAGUCCCUCAGAUUGCUCAUAUUAGUCUGAAAAACUGGUAUUGCAGGUUACUGCAGGUUUUGGCGCCAAAAAUAAUUCGGGAAAAAAUAGGUUUCAAAAAAUUGUGAAAUUUGUCACGUCAAAAUACCAUUACUGUAUUUUGGCGCCAAAAUCUACAGUAGCCAUGUGAUCCUGGAUUUGAUCUACAGGAAAUUCUGCAUUUUUCGACACCAAAAUUGCUCAUGUCAGAAUUUCCGAAUUUUUUUGAACCUUGAAAAGUUUAACAUGAGCAAUCACUCAAAAAAUCGAUUUUUUCAGAAUUUAAAAAGUUCAAAAAUAUAUGAUAUGAGCAAUUCUUAGACUUUUUAAAAGUGUUUUCUCAAAAACCUGGAAAAUCUAAAUUUUCAAGUCUCUAACAUGAGCAAUCCCCAAUUGUUUAUUCAAAAAAAUCCGAUUUUUUCAGCGUCGAAUUCUGUUGGAUUCAUCAGAAUCUUCAGCUGCUGAAAAUAAUGGAGAAGAAGAAGAUUCAGAUGAUGCGGAUAAUAUGAGCAAUGCUGCGAAAUCCAAAAAGAAAUCGAAGAAAAGCAAAGAAUCGGCUGAAGAAUCGAGUUCUGGAGAAGGAUCCGAAGAUGACGCUGAAAAUGAGGCUGAAAUUCGGCGAAAACGACGAAAAGCUGAAAAGGAGAAGAAAAAAGAGAAGGAGAAGAAAAUGAGUAUGGAUGAUGUGUUUGGAGCAAUUUCGGAUGAUGAAGAAGAAGAAGCAGAAAUGCUGAAAAAACGGAAAAAAGAGAAGAAGAAGGAGGAAAAAGAAAAGAGAAAGAGGAAAAUGGCGGAAAAUGAAGAAGAGGAAAGGGUUGAGAAGAAGAAGAAGAAGAGUAGGAAGGAGGAUGAUGAAGAGGUGAGGAGAUUUGAAUUUAAAAAUUGGGAAAAUCAGCUACAUUUUGAGCUAUUUUUGGGCGAAAAACUUGCAUUUUAAGCUAAAUUUCGACCUGGAAAGAUUUUGGAGCCAAAAAAUGAAGUUCAAGCUUAAUUUCAACCCUGGGAUCAUAUUUUUGAUCCUGCAAACGUGAAAAUUAGCGAUUUUUACACCUGGGAUCAUUUUUGAAUUGAAAAAUUGAAAUAAUCACGUUUUGGCUACAUUUUGAGCUAUUUUCGAGCGAAAAACAUGAAUUUUGAGCUAAAUUUUGACCUGGGACGAUUUUAGAGCCAAAAAAUAGCUUAAUUUCAACCCUGGGACCAUAUUUGUGAUCCUGGAAACGUGAAAAUUAGCGAUUUUUACACAUGAGAUCAUUUUUGAAUUGAAAAAUUGGGAAAAUCAGGCUUUUGGCUACAUUUUGAGCUAUUUUUGACCUCUGGAACGUGAAAAUUACGGUUUCUGAAGCUGGGAAAUGUUUUUGACUGAAAUCUGAGCUACAUUUUGACUCUGGGAAGAUUUUUGGCCAAAAACAUCGACUUUUUAAUUUUUCAAGUUUUGGAAAUUUUUUGAAAAAAUAAAAUUUAUGAAAUUUAUUGCUCAUAUUAGAAAUUUCUAUUCUCAGCUUAAAAAGUUCCAAUUUUCCAAAUUUCAAUAGUUCUAGCCACGUGGAUUUUUUUCCUCAAUAAAUAGUUAACAUGAGCAAUGUGACCUCAAAUUCCAAUUUUUCCAGAUUAACCGAAUCAUGGAAAAAUACCGUAGUCAAAAACGGCGUCACACCAAUCCCUCGCCGCCACCAAUUUCAACACCAUCUGAAACUGCAGCUCAAGUUUCAAGCUCCACAAAACCGCCACCGUCAAAACGGGCGGCACCAUCAACUUCGAUCGAGAAUAAUUUGGAAGAUGUUUCAUCGGAUGGUGCAACACCACCACCUCCGCCGGUUACUGUAGCCACUACAGUACCACCUACAGUACUUGCCUCGCCCUCAACAUCAACUGCGCAACCUGCUGCUACUGGACCUCCGGCUAUGAUUUCGCCACGUCAGCGAUACCGUACCUCAUCGUCGGCGUCGCAAAGUAGUACGGUAACCAACUCGACGGAAAAUAAUCAGAAGCUUGUUUCGCCUACACCCAAAACAUCGGUAUCAUCGAUGGAUUCGGAAGCACUUCAGGAGCAUAAUCAGCAGAAACCGCGAUUGUUGGCGACGAAAGCGUCGGUGAAGAGUUUUGACGCGAGUUUGGUGAGUUUUUUGAGGGAAAUAUUGGGAUUCCUUGGGUGAUUUGGGGAAUUUUGAGACCCGUAUUGAUUAGGUUUGCGAUUUUCUUGGGCUUUCAAUAUGUUUUUUGGAUUACCCAGGGGAUUUCAAGAUUUUAGACACCCAUAUUGAUAUAGUUUAGAAAAACUUUUGAAAUUGCACCAUUUUGGCGCCAAAAAUGCACCAAUUUUCAAAACUCUUCAAAUCAUAGCUUUUUUGGGCUUAAAAUGCUCCGCUUGGCCUUAGGAACAUGCUCUGAUCAUCUAAAAAUCUUCAUAAACCCAUUUAGAUCAAAUUUUGACCUAGGGAAUUUUUCCAAAAUUUUCGAUUUUUGAAAAUCUCAGAAAUUUGCGAUUUUCUCGAUCUCUCACAAUGUUUUUCGAAUUCCCCAGGUGAUUUUAGGAUUUUUGACACCCAUAUUGAUAUAGUUUAGAAAAUUACACCAUUUUUGCGUCGAGACCUCCCAGAAAAUUUGAUAUUUGAUAUGGCGAUGCAUGAAAAUCUGUCAAUUUAUUUUCUCUCUCUUUUUUGUCAUUGUUGUGGUGAUUUUUAGGUGCAGCAAGUCCCAUCACAAACUUCGGAAGAACCUUCAACUUCCAAAGAUCUCGACGAAUCGACAACAUCGAUCGAAGGUCCACCCGUCGAUUCAUCAGAUUCAUCAUCAUCGUCAUCUUCAGAUUCGGAUUCCGGUGCUUCGGAUUCCGAUGAUUCGGCAGAUGAUGUGAUUCGCGAACUGGAGCGCGAAGUGUGUAAGAUUCCGCCGGGUGCCACGUCAUCACUUGCGUCACCUUCUGCGACCGCCGGCGGCGACUCGAACACUCCGCGUGCGCUUCCGCCUCCACCGCAACCGAUUGAGAUUAUUGUGGAUCCGCGUGCGGCGCGAGGACAUCAGGAUCAGGUAGAGUUUUGGUUUUGUUGUUGUGUGGCCGCAUGGUUUUUGUGCAUGGUUUUGUGGGCGGAGCCUAUUUUCAUCUUGCCGCACAGUUUUCGGGGCGUGGCCUAUCGAAGCCACGCGCCCACAAACACAGAUUGACCUACCCCCUUCUCCUCUAUCCCUGCAACCCUGGCACGUUUUUUGGCGCCAGGAUCGCAGAGCCCUACCUAACCUGAGCAAUCCCUAUAUCUAACCUGAAUUGAUUUUCAGGACACUGCCGACGCGGUUCAAUCGAUAUUCGAUGAAGACGAUGAUGUGGAGCCGCAAUAUCCGAGUCAUGAUUUCAUCCACGCCAGCCAUCAGCAGCAGACUUUGGCUAACUCGAGCACUUCAGCUGCUCCUCGUCACCAACAAAAGAUUACCAUUGAACCGCCACCGCUGGCACCAGCCUCAACUUCGGCAAUCACACCAAGUUCGACGGGAAAAUCGGGAAGAUAUGAGAUUACUGACGAGCAAAUUCUCGAGGAGAUUUAUUGCGAGGAACCGGUGGUUGAUGAAGUGGAGCCCGAAGUGGAGCCGGAUGUUCAGUCUUUAAUUCAAGUUCACAUUCAGGAAGAGCCUCCGAAGGAGCAGCAAGCUCAUGAGAAGACCCCGAGUCAGAUCAUUCUGAAGACUCAGGCUCUACUCAAAGCUCAAGCGAUGGCUCAUGAAGAGGCCAUGGCUCAGAAGAAGAUUAUGGCUAAGCUCGAAGCUCAGGCCAAGCUGCAGCAGACCAAGCCGACUCAGCCUGAACCACAACUCAAAGUCCCACCACUAUCGUUGCUUCAUCCCAAGGUCGUGCCUGAGGCUCAACAACAGCCCAAGGCUCCACCCAGGCCCAGCUCGGUUGUUUUGGCCCCACCAAGGCCGCCUGAAAAUCCGAUGAUCGCGUUCAAUCAGCAACAACAGCUUGAGAUGGAACAAAUGGUCAACCCGUCGAUCUCGACAUUGGAAUUUAUCCAAACCCAGAGGAAGCUCGAGCGAGAGCAGCGUGAGAAGGAGCAGAAGGCGAAGGAGGCACAGGCUCAAGCUCAGGCUCAAGUCAAGGCGACUUUUGUGAGUUUUUAGGGGGGUUUUGGCUCCAUUUUGAGCAUGGAAACUUGAAAUCUUGAAUUUUGGGAUGAUUUUUGAGCCCAGGAGCUUGAAGUCUUGAAUUUUUGUUCAAUUUCAGCCUGGGAGUUUGACAUUUUGAAUUGUUGGAUGAUUUUUAAGACAAGUAGCUUGGAAUUUUGAAUUUGAUUUGUGAGCCUAGAAACUCCAAAUUGAGGUUGUCAGCUCAAUUUUAAGCUCGGAAACUUGAAAUUUGGAAUUUAGGCUCGAAUUUGAGCCCGGAAACUGAAAAUUUGAAUUUCGGGAUGAUUUGUGAGCCUAGAAACUCCAAAUUUAGGCUGUGAGCUCAAUUUCAAGCUCUGAAACUUGAAAUUUUGAAUUUUAGGAUGAUUUUUGAGCCCGGAAACUUGAAAUCUUGAAUUUGGGCUUAAUUUUGAGUCUAGAAACUCUAAAUUUAAGUUGUCAGCUCAAUUUUAAGCUCAAAUUCGAAAUUAGACUCAAAUAUGAGCCCGGAAACUUAAAAUUUGGAAUUUUGGCCUAAUUUUGAUCCUGAAAACUCCAGAUUUGGAUUUUUAGCUCAAAUUUGAGCUCGGAAACUGGAAAUUUUGAAUUUUUCAAUGAUUUUAAAGACCAGGAGCUUGAAAUUUUGAAUUUCGGGAUGAUUUGUGAGCCUUGAAACUUCAAAUUUAGGUUGUGAGCUCAAUUUCAAGCUCUGAAACUUGAAAUUUUGAAUUUAGACUCAAAUUUGAGACCGGAAACUGAAAAUUUCCCAAGAUCUUGAAAUUUCGAACUGUAGCCUGAUUUUUUUUUAGAAAAAUUCCACUGAAAAUCUGAAAAUCCCAUUUUUUUCAGUCACCAAAAAUUGUCACCAAUGGAAAUCGUCAACAACCACAACCACAACAACAACAACAACAAAUCCCUGCCACGUCAUCAUCUACAGUACCCCUGCCAGCAACUACAGUACUUCCAACCACAGUCGCUCAACAAAUUCCAACAACAUCUACAGUACCACUACCACAAGUCACCGUACCCCUUCCAAUUUCCACAGUACACCAUCAAUUUCCGGUUGGCAUCAAUCCAAUGUUGUUGCAAGCGCAAGCGGAAGUUUUGGCGCAGUUCAUGAACAAUCCGGCUGCGGUAGCUGCGGCGCAAGCGCAAGCGCAAGCCGCAGCUCGACAAAAAGCGGCCGCCGCGGAAAAAGAGGAAGAGAAGCGACGAGCCAAGGAGAAGGCCGAUUUGGCGAAGCGACAGGCCGCGCAGGCUCGAGCCGAUGCGGCCCGGGCCGCUCAGGCUCAAGUUGAAGCGCAGGCUCGAGCUCAGGCCGAACAUCAACGUCUACAGACACAACUCGAGAUGUUGCAGCAGCGAUUUGCGCGCGAGUAUCCGAAUUUUGGUGGAAUGGUGAGUGGAUUUUUUUUUGGGCUGAGUUACUGUGGGCUUUGAGGGUCCAAAAAGCCUGAUUUUAGAGCCUAGAUUUGUCUGGGUUCCUGUGGAUUUCGAGGCCCGAAAAAACCUGAUUUUUGAGAAUAGAUUUUACUAGGUUCCUGUGGAUUUCGAGGCCCGAAAAAACCUGAUUUUUGAGACUAGAUUUUACUAGGUUACUGUGGAUUUCGAGGCCCGAAAAAGCCUGAUUUUUAGGCUGAAUUUGACUAGGUUACUGUGGAUUUCGAGGUCCGAAGAAGCCCACUUUUUGAUACUAGAUUUGACUGGGUUACUGUGGAUUUUUUGCCCCGAAAAAGCCUGCUUUUUUAGGCUAAAUUUGACUAGGUUACUGUGGAUUUUUUGGCCCAAAAGAGCCUGGAAACUCUACAGUAAUCUGACCAUUUUUGCGCUACAAAAGUCCCAAAACUUUCUUGGUUUUUUUUUCAUUUUCAAAAAAUUUAUCUUCUCCCAGACCUACAGCAUUGAAAAACCGUCUUAUCUCAUAAAAAAAAUGUCAAAAUCAAUUUAGCCUAUCUCUAUUUCCCUUCCACUUAGUUCAAUCUACAGUAUCGCGGGUGUCCGAAAAAUUUUCUUCUUUUUUUUGUUCGUUCGAAACCGAUUUUCGCAACAUAAAUAACACAAGUACGUAUAGUUAGAGAAAAUGAAAAGAGAAAGGAUUUGUGGCCUUGAAGAAAUUGGGAACAGCGAUUUUUGAACAAAAAUCGGAGGAGUGUUAGAGACGCAGAGGGGUUAGAGAAGCUAGAGAAAAAUUACUGUAAUGUUUAGAUUACCAGGGUAGAGGUUAGAGACGCAGAGAGUAGCUCAAAAGUCCGAUUUUCUUACAGAACGAACAACAAAUUGCGCAGCUUCAACUAUUUGCCGAAGCUGCAGCAGCCGGAGCUUCUGCCUCUCCUGCCGCAGCCACGACAGCCAAUCAAAUUGCACCCACAGCCGCCACACCAACAACAAGUGCCACAAAUGGCGUCGACUACAGUACCACCCUGCCACCGGUUGCACCAUCUCAACAGGGUACGGUAACUGUGACGACGAUUGCAAAUGGUUGUGUUGUGACGAAUGGAAAUCAUGCACAAGUUGCGCCAAGUCACAUUUUGACCGGAUUGGGGCGAUGUCAUUUGCGGCCGAUACCGAUUACUGCCAAAUUUCCGGAUGUGAGUUUUUUUCGGGCUUUUUGGGGGCUUGAAAUGGGCCUGGAGGGGCCUAAAAUAAGCCUAGAUGGGUGAGUUUUUGAUUGGGGGAAAAAUGAGCCUAAACCAUAUUUUGACAAGCCUGAACCUAGGCCUGAAAGCCUAACCUAGUUUCUGACAAGCCUGAACUUUGCCCCGAUCCAAAAAACCCAACAUUUUUCUGAUUGAAAAUUUUUUCCCGUAAAUUUCGCAUUUUUUUUUCUAUGUGUGUGCAAAUAUUUACGAAAAAUGCACACAUUUUUUGUGUUUUGAAGAGAAAUUUCUGGUUUUCUGGAUUUUAGAGGAAAAAGUGCACGGGAGGUUAAUUAAAGGGAGGUACAGUAAUCUAGAGUGGUCCUGGAAGGAUUUUAAAGGGACAUACAAUGAUAGAAGCUUUUGGGGGAUUUUAAAGGAUCAUACAGUACCCUUAUAGUCUAUCAGACUUUUGAGAAGGUAUUUCAAAGGUGCAUGGGAACAUUAAAGGAGCAUACCGUACCAAUUAACUAUGUCACUUCAAACAUUUUAGAAAUUCAAAGGUGCAUACCGUACUCCCACGCCUUCCGUCCCUUUUGAUUUUUUUAGAAGAUUCAAAGGUGCAUACCGUACUCCUACGCUUUCCGGCCUAUCUGAACAUUUCGGAGAUUUAAAGGUGCAUACCGUACUCCUACGCCUUCCUGUCCCUUUGAACUUUUCGUUUUCAUUCCUUCUGACAAAUAUCAUGCGACAUUUUCCGGAAAAUGUUUCUCAUUUCUUUUUUUGUUGUGUCAAAAGUGCAGACAACAUGUGAUGUGAUAUGAAAAAAAAUAAAUAAAUGAAUCAAACUGGCUGCCAAAAAAUACAAGUUGACCAACAUUUGAAAAGAUGCACUUUUCCCUUUCCCCCAGUUGCCCAAAUAUUCCUCUGAUCAAACUAGAGACGCGAACAAAAAUGUUGCUUUCUUCUUCUUUUUCUUUUUUCGUUCCUUCUUUCUUUCAUGCUGCCAUCAAUCCAUCUAUACACAAACAUUUUUUGCCUAGGGGUGGCCUCUGGAAGUGUGUUGUACCUGCUAGUGUCAGCCGCCAGCAAAAGCGUAAAGGGAACGGGUGAACGGGCGGAGUGCAGACGACGAGAGUCGAGUCGAUGUGUCCCCUAGGCGCGGCGCCCUCUCCCAGCCCCCCGACUCCGCCCACUUUGUCUCUUUUUCUCUCGUCACUCUCUCACUCUCUCGGCCCAGUUGUUGUCUCUCGCUCUUCUACACAACAAUUCCUACCUCGUUUUUUGAACUUAUGCUGUGAUUCUAGCUAUAUAUUGUGAUAUUAUAA